CCAUUUUUCUGUUCCUUUUGCGUCAAGUGUGCUUUCCUGGCUUAUUUAUUUUGUCCUUCUGUCUUUCUCUGUUAUGGACGAGCACGUUGCUUAUUCAUUGAUAAACCCUAACCCUAAACCCAAAAUUGUGGUCGUUUUAGGGGCGACUGGUGCAGGAAAAUCGAAGCUCGCUAUUGAUCUUGCCUCCCAUUUUUCAGCCGAAAUUGUAAAUGCUGAUUCUAUGCAGGUCUAUGAAGGAUUGGAUGUUCUCACUAAUAAGGUGACAUAUGAAGAAAGGAAAGGGAUUCCACAUCAUCUUUUGGGGAUCAUUGGAGCAAAUAGAGAUUUUACAUCCAAGGACUUCCGUGAUAUGGCCAUUCCUAUAAUAGAAGGGAUAUGGUCUCGCAAUGGUUUGCCUAUAGUUGUUGGUGGUACCAAUUACUAUAUUCAGGCUCUUGUGACUCCUUUUCUGCAUGAUGACAUGAUCGAAUCAAUGGAUGAAUGCAUGAUAGAAUCUGUGGAUGAAUGCUUUCAUAAUGAACCUCUAGGAGAAGUGAGACCAGAUGUAACUUGUGACUCCAGUCAUGAUCAUGUAAAUCAUGGUUAUGACCGUCUUAAAGAGAUUGAUCCUGAUGCAGCGAAAAGGAUUCAUCCAAAUGACCAGCGAAAAAUAAAUCAUUACCUUCAUCUUUAUGGAACUACAGGAAUCCCCCCUAGUAAACUCUUUCAGGGAAAGGGCUCAGAGAAGUGGGGUAGAUCAGAUAAUUUCCGAUUUGAUUGCUGUUUUCUCUGGGUGGAUGCUUCUCUGUGUGUACUAGAUACAUUUGUUGAGCAGAGAGUUGAAAGCAUGAUCAAUGACGGUUUAUUAAAUGAAGUCUGUGAAAUAUACCAACCAAAUGCUGAUUAUACUAGAGGAUUACGGCAAGCCAUUGGCGUUCGCGAGUUUGAGGAGUUCUUUAGAUCUUACCACCCUACUCAACAAAGUUGCAUGGAAACUAACGAUAUCCCAAAUCCAGACAUAAGGGCACUCAUUAAUUCUGUAGAAAGCAAUGACAAAGUUUUGCUAUGUGGAGCCAUUGACAAGAUGAAGGCAAACACACGCAGACUUGUUAGACGUCAAAAACGGAGGCUCAAUAGAUUAAUGGCAUACUUUGGAUGGAACAUUCACUACUUCGAUGCGACGGACUUCUUCAUAUGCAAAUCGAGCGAGUCAUGGCUAAAGCUAGUAGUUGAACCCUGUGUGGAUACUAUUAAGUCUUUCUUGUCAGAUGAAGCCACUGUAGGAAUUCAGUCGGAAAAGAUUAGCAAUUUGGCAUCAAGGGAUUUGUGGACCCAAUAUAUCUGUGAGUACUGUGGGUUUCGUGUUCUACGAGGAGCUCAUGAAUGGGAGCAGCACAGACAGGGUCGUGGCCAUCGUAGGCGGGUUGCACGCCUCAAGAGGGCAUCUCAAACUGUAAAUAUGCAAACACAACUUCCUGAUGACUCUUCUUGUUAGCUCCCAUCAACUUCAACUAGAUACCAAGCAGACCAUCUUAUGGGGACUCUCUCUCUCUCUCUCUCCCCCCAUAGAUGUUUACUGUGGUUUGCACCUAUAUGGCCUUUUAUGUGUUUUUGGUUGAUUGUGGGUUGUUGUUAAUUGAGUGUGGUAUAGUCUCCUCUGUUUGUGACAGUUAGUAUGCACAAUUGUCGAUUUCUUAUGCCAGUCAUACUUCUAAUUUGAUGCUCGUUUUCUCGACUC